CUCAGUGUUAACUGUCGGCCAUCCAAAGGGGGGCGAAGUGGCUUAUGGGAAGGACCAGGUUGGGUAAGGCCAACAGGAAAAGGAGGAAAAAAAGUGUGGUUAUACUUUCAUUUUUGCAUGAGCAGAGAGAGGAACCCGAAAGGGUGACUGGUACAAUGAAUCUGCCAGGAAAAUUGGCCAGGUUCAUGCUAAGUUACUGCAAAAUGAAUUUGAGCGGUUUUUCGUGGGUCUGAAGUAGUGUUCUAUCCUUUUUGUCUGCGAACUGCAGCAGCACAAGGCAGCAAAACGCGAUGUUUCGUGAACUCUAUUUUCUUCAUGCUGAGGAGCUUUCUCUUUUUGAAAACACGCAUCAUGUUGCUGCUGCUGAUGUGUCAUCUCCGUUGUUGACUGAAAGCAGUCAACGGCUGCAUUAUGAAUGCAAGGACAACGAAAAGCAAUGCCAUGGAGUGUAUUAUGACGACCAGCGGGUGGAUGAGCAACAAGGUGUGUAUUACGGAGGGAACAGGAGCAAUGAUGUCGGCGACCACGAUGAAGCAUUUUGGAUGGAAUCAUCGGAAGGUGUGCUGCAUGGGCGAAGUACGGUCGGGGCCUUUGACGCAGAUAAGGCGAGCGUGGCGGGGGGCGAGAGAGAUGUCCACGACUGCAGCGGUUCAGGAAGAACGAUUCCACAGAACAGGCUCCCUCCACCGGGAGAUGGGACAGUUAUGUGGGGUCAGCUCCUGCUAGGCAUGAACUUUCAGUGCUACUUGUGGAUUCAUGUUUGUGCAGUUGUGACCCUUUUCCUGUCAUUCAGCUGGAAGCUGCUGGUGCUUUGUGUCGCGUCCUAUACUCUAAGGAUGUUCGGGAUAACAGGAGGCUAUCACCGACUGCUUUCACACAGAUCAUACAAAACGACACGAGUAUGGCAGUUCGUUAUGGCAGCUCUAGGAUCUUCGGCUCUGCAGAAAGGUCCUCUUUGGUGGUGUUCUAACCACAGACAUCACCACAGGACAGCAGACACAAAGGAGGAUUUUCACAGUCCACUCCACUAUGGCUUCUGGUGGUCACAUAUUGGGUGGUUUCUCCUCAGUACAAAGAAUACCGAGGUGCGCUCAUCAUUUGUGCCAGAUCUGUUAAGGUUUCCCGAAUUACAUUAUCUGGACAGGGGUCGGGGGAGGAACGACCGGUAACCACCUGAAGUAAAAAAAAAAAAGACUUCAAAAACUAUAACAAAACAAACGGGAGGAG